CCAUGUGUGAGAUGGGGCUGGUCUCCCCAGAGCUGUCCAGCCAGACGCCGUACUACGGGGAGCCGCCGGACGCCUAUUGCCACGAUGACCGGUGGCAGAGGCUGCGCACGGCUGUGAGGAAGCUGGAAUUCUGGGAGAACUUCGACGCUGAAUUGAUCGGCAGCGGGUUCUUCUCCAAAGUCUUCAAGGUGGUUCAAAGUGCUGGCGGCAAAGCGAUGGUGGUGAAAAUUUACAAGAACGACGCGGACCAGGAGGGGAUUGUGCGUGAGAUCAGCUUGCUGCAGAAGCUCUCCCACCCCAACAUUGUCCGGUACCUCGGGAUCUGCGUGAAGGAUGACAAGCUCUACCCAAUUCUGGAGUACGUCAACGGAGGCUGCCUGGAAGAGCUGUUGGCAUGCAAAGACAUCGCCCUCAGCUGGAAGGAGAAGGUCGACCUGGCUUCGGACAUCAGCCGAGGGAUGGUCUAUCUGCACUCCAAAAAUAUCUACCACCGGGACCUCAACUCAAAGAACUGCCUCAUCCGAGUGACGCAGCGGGGGCGGGAAGCCCUGGUGGCGGACUUCGGCCUGGCCAAGGAGGUGCUGGAGCUUCCGGCCAAGGACCCCGGGAGGAAGCUGUCGCUGGUGGGGUCCGCUUUCUGGAUGGCCCCUGAGAUGCUGCGGGGGGAGCCGUACGACCGGAAGGUGGACGUCUUCUCCUUUGGCAUCGUCCUAUGUGAGAUCCUGGGAAGGAUUCCAGCCGAUCCCGAGGUGCUGCCCCGGACCCAGGAUUAUGGCCUGGACGUGGCUGCCUUCCAAGACAUGAUCGGCGGAUGCCCCACGCACGUCCUGGACCUCGCGGCCAGCUGCUGUCGAGUGGAAGCGUUCAAGCGCCCGUCGUUCCCCGAGCUCCUGGAGGAACUGGAAGACAUGGCCGAGCGGCUGGAGGCCACGACAGAGCACCAGGCCCCUGGCUGACGUGCCUGCCCGGGACGCGGCCUGCAAGAGUCCCUGUGCAGCUAAGAAGCGGUGGGUGAGUGGGGGGAGGAGGACCCCCCCGCGAUGAUUCCGAGGCUGCCUUGUCCCACUCACCCUGCACAGACGGACCCCACACGGACUGAGCGGGAGGGGGCACUGUCUCGCUCACCGGCCAGCCGCAGCCCCUGGCCAUCCCAUCAGCUCCAGUUUCUCACAGAGUGAGCAGAAGGUGCUGCAAGCAUCGGGGGGGGGAAUCCUCCCCCCUCCAACCCACGCAAAGGCCUUCGGGGUGUGGAUUUAGACCGCUUCGGCCAGCGAGGCAAGCAGCAGAGGGAGGCUGGCGCA